GUUUGUGUGUGUUUGUGUGUUCGUGUGUGUGGCCUGGUGCCUGGGCCCCAUGCAUGCAUUCAGUGUUUUCUCAACCCUACCAUCGGCGUUGUGCUGGUGGAGGUGGAGGUGGGUCAGAGGGGCGGAGGAGCAGCUUCGGAGCGGGGCAUCAGGAGGCAAAGCGAGCAGGAGGGAGGAGGAGAAUCCAUUCAUUCCAGCCUUCGUGUGCAGUGGUGACGACGAUCCAUCCAUGCAAUGCUUUCGGCCUCGUUGUGUCUCUUCUGCUGAGUGCCGUGUGUGUAACGCAGGAGGAGGACGAGGAGGAGGCAUGCCGCUCCUGCUUCUGUUGCUGCUCUUUUCCCAGCUCGCAUCCAUCACCGACGCGCUCCCCGGGUCUGCUAUGGUUGCAUCCCACCUCCAUUUGCUCUGCAACAAGUGUCCGCGCUCUUAUCUCUCCCUUUCCACCGUCUUCCCUGUUGCAUCGCUCCCCCCCAGCUUCCCCUCAUCUCGCUGGCAUCCCUUCUACUCUUAUUCCUUUUCUGUCCUUAGUAUCCCUCCCACUCCGUCCGCUAUAUUGUGCACAUUCUACUUUUCUUCACUAAUCUUUAUGCGCCCCACCCGUAGCUAAUAAAUUGCAAAGUCUCUCUUUGCACGUCUUCACUGCUUGCUUCUCUUCUGUGCCUGCCUGCCUGCCUGCUUGCCAUCUAGCACCCUUGUGUACUUUGACUUUCAAUUGUCGCAACCUCAUCACGCUCUUCUUCUCCGCCCCUUUCCUUUGUUUUCAUUUAGUACGCCGAUUCCCAAUUCCACGCUUACGACUCCUCCCUCCCCACCCUCAUGGCAUUGCCUCUUACUGUAACCAUGCGUUUUAUCUGAUGUACCACGGCUGCUCUCUCUCACUCAAGUCCUCAUUUAUACCACCACCCCCGCAGCCAUGGCCGCUAUCAAUGUCCUCCGCCUCUCCUGCGCUCCCUCUACCAUGGCUCCCCACUUCUGGAACCAUCCUGCCUCCCGCCGUGUGGCGACUCGCUUUGUCGUGUGCUCCGCUUCGGGUGCUGCUGCCUUUCCUUCGGACUCCUUUCCUAAGACUGGGGAAAGUCCUGCCAAUAACGACCUGCCGAGGAUUCAACGCAAGCAGAGAUUAGUAGCAGGAGUGGACCAAAAUAAUCUUGUUGAUCCAUGGAUGCUGGCUGAUCGAGACAGUCGCUUCGCCGAGUUUUUCAACGUACAACUGCAUUACAAAAUUGCACACCCUCCUUCAGGCAAUGAGUCCACAGACUCAAAAACUUUGCGUCAUAACGGCGAGGAGGUAAAUAAAGCAACGACAAGGGAACGCAACAAUUUACCAGCUGUACUGCUGCAUGGGUUUGGAGCAUCUUUAUUUUCGUGGCAAAGGGUGUUGAAACAACUGGCAGCCAUUAUUGACUCCAGUGUAGUAGCAUUCGAUCGACCGGGUUUCGGGCUGACUAGCAGGCCCAAACCGUUAGCAGGGCCAGCUGAGAAGACUGGAAAACUGAAUCCAUACAGCGUUAAGUUCUCUGCGAAAGCAGCACUGUCAUUUGCAGAGUUUCUUCAUUCAGAACAAGUGAUCCUCAUUGGACACUCUGCAGGCUGUCUUGUAGCAUUCCAGGCCUAUUUAGAUGCUCCUGAGAAAGUUGCAGCCAUGGUCUUCAUUGCGCCUGCUAUUGCGGCGCCUAUCGUUAUGGGGGAAAUCAUGAAGGCGACCUCUGCAUCAAUUCCUGGGAAUGAACAGCUUGCCAGUGGAGUAGACCCGUCCUCGCAAAAGAAGUUCAGACUAAUCGACAUAGUUUCAGCUGUGCGAGAUGCGAUAUGGUGGAUUGUGAGGCAAGUGCUAAAAGCGUUGCAAAUUAUCACAGCAGCAGUCCAGGCUUUAUUCCAGAUGCUGCUGCCUGAGAAUUUCGUGAAAAAUGUAGGAUCUGGAAUCAGCAGCGUGCGCGACAGACUUGUGACUGCAGUUAUUCGAUCUUCGCUUACUGUCUGGCUGGUACGAGUGGUCAUGGACAGGUUUGGGACCACGGGAGUGCGUAUGGCAUGGUAUGACCCAUUUAAAGCGGACGAUAUUGUACUUCAAGGUUACACCAAGCCUCUACAAUGCAAAGAUUGGGAUAAAGCUUUACUGGAAUUUGUAUUGGCCAUGGCCGUGAGCCCGUCUGCGAGCAUGGAUCCAAAAAACCCACUUGGGAAGCGCCUAAAAGAAGUCACUUGUCCUGUCCUCGUAGUGACUGGAGACACAGAUCGUUUGGUACCUGGGUGGAACGCAAGGCGAUUAGCGGAUGCAUUGCCAAAUGCCGAAUUUGCACUGAUAAAGAAAUGUGGCCAUUUGCCUCAAGAGGAGACCCCCGAUGAAUUGUUGACCAUCAUCGAAAGAUUUAUUGCCAAAACGUUUGCUUCGAAGCCUCUCUAGACGCAUUCCUGCAGAGACUUAAAUGACCUGUGGUACUGUCCAGGAGCGGAGCACUUUAGUGUUGACCAUUCCCAAUGUUAUUUGUCACUUAUAAUUGAUUCAUGAAUGUUAACAUUUCCACCAAUACGUGGUGCGUUUGAAACAA